CUGCUAGCUUUCAGCAUCCUGAGCCGGCUGUUAGCUCUGCUGCUGAAAAAGAGGAGAAGAGAGGCUGCUCUCUCUCUCUCUCUCUCCCUCUCUCUCUCUCUCUCUCUCUCUCUCUCUCUCUCUCUCUCUCUCCCUCUCUCUCUCUCUCACUCACUCACACACAUCCCCAUCCUCUCCACACCCACACCCAAGGAUACCCUCCCUGCUUCUCUCUCUCUCUCUCUCACGCCACCACGUUUCUCCUCCUCUUCCCCUUCAACCCCUCCAACUACACCUUUUUUCUACAUUUCUUCCAGGGAGGAGACGCUCAUUUCCUCUCUCUCUCUUUCUUUCUUUCACCCUGAAGACUUUAGUUGCGGUGUUUCUCCCGCUCUGACACUUUGUUGCUACCUGUGGAGGUUCCCCCCUCCUCCUCUGGUUCUCUCUGGUUCUUCUGCCAGCCGUUGCACUGAGCGCAGCCCUGCAGAGAGGCACCAUGCUGGGAUUGGACGUGUGUGAGUUCGGGGGUCAGGUGCUGGAGGUGCUGUGGCUGACAAUGUGCUACAGAGGUGUGCUGGCUGACAAGAAGGAUUUGGCCAUUGAGGAGGAAGAGGGUGACAGAAACCUGAACUACAACCCUCCUGCCCAGAAGUCUUUGGAGGAGAUCCAGGAACUGGACAAAGAUGAUCAGAGUCUGGUCAAGUACAAGCAGACCCUGCUGGGGACGGUACCCAUUACAACAGACCUCACUGUGCCUAACGUCCAGGUGACCAGACUAACCCUGCUGUGCGACUCGGCUCCUGGACCACUCACCAUGGAUCUGACAGGAAACCUGAACGCUCUGAAGGAGAAGACCUUGGUCUUAAAGGAAGGAGUGACAUACAGACUAAAGAUAGACUUCAAGGUGAACAGAGAAAUCGUGUCCGGCUUGAGGUACCAUCAUGUGACCAGCAGAAAAGGACUAAUCCUCGACAAAGUGUCACAGAUGGUGGGAAGUUACGGUCCGAAGGUGGAGGAGUGCGAGUUUGUGAGCGCGGCUGAAGAGGCCCCAUUAGGCCUGAUGUCCCGAGGCCACUAUCAGGUCAAGUCCUGCUUCACCGAUGAUGACAAGAUUGUCUACUUGGCGUGGGAUUGGAGUUUUGACAUCAAGAAGGACUGGGAUCAAUGAAGGAAGGGAGAUGUUUCUAUCCUUCCCUUCACCUCUGUCCUCUCCUUUCCCUUUUUUAUCCCGUGCCUCCAAAAUCCAUCCUGAGAGGCUGAGGCUCUUUUCCUCCUUCUCCUCUUCUUCCUCUUUAUUUUCUCUCCUACAUGUUUUUUCUCCUUGUCUGUUUAAUCCGAAGCCAUGAGAGGAUUUGAGAGAAAACAGUCCCCCUCUUUUUCUGCCUUCUGUUUUCUACAUCUACAUCACAUUAUGAGGCUUUGGGGAUCAUAAGACUUCCUCUCUGUUGGCUUAUUUUCUCCGUAAACAGGGGAUGAAAGGAAGCCGGUGUGAGGCACAAAGAGAAAUUCAGGAAAUGCAUCGGAUAGUUUCAAAAUGUAGUUCUUGCCAAGCUGACUUUUCCAGAUAAGAGAUGAUAUGUGUAGAAGUAGAGUCAGUAAGGAUUAUUAAGUCAUGCAGAAACAUUUAAAAUCAUGGAGCAAAAUUUACAGUUUUAGCUACUAAACCUGAGAGAGGUGCCAAAUUACCAAAUGAAAGAGAAACAGGGCUGAAGCUGCAGCCCAUCAUUGAACUCUUAAAAUCCAUGACAGUGUUAAACUUCCUGAUUUAAUCUCCAAUGCACUAUGGGAGAUUGAGUUCCAAAACUUGAUGCAUUAUUACCUGAUGAAGGUGAAACUCCAGAAGAGAAAAGCACACGCCUUAGAGUGGGAGACAUUUAUAUUUUCAUCUCUCUUUUUAGAGACACUUUUUCCCAGUUUGUUGAAGUCAUAGUUUGGACGUCACUCAUUGAUUUCUAAAACCCAAUAACGUCCAAACGCCAUAUUGGAAAUGUUAAGACAAAGAGGAUGAGUUGAGGUGGAUCAAACAGCUACGAUGUUCCCACCUGUCACUCAAGUAAGCCACGCCCCCAAUUUUGCCCAAUUAUUAAAAACUCAAAACCUUUCUAUCUUCAAAAAGAUUGGGUUAUAAAAAAGAUUUAGUGUGGACAAAUUACAGUGAAGAGGUAUUUAGAACCCAGACUGCAUUAUAACACAGGCGUUAAUGGGGUCUCCUUGAUGUUUGGAGCCAGCCUCUAGUGGACACAGGAGGAACUGCAGCUCGGUUGAAGACAGAAAUGAUACUGUAUGUGUCCGGUAGUUCAUUCUAGUUUUCUUGUUUUAGGAUUUAAUGUUACUUUAUUAAUGACAGAUUGUAUAUCAUGUUAUAUUUACUUUCAUAAACUUACUUUGGUGAUUCUGCGUUCAACAAACCGCGCACAACUUUUGAAAAACAAAAACAGUACAUGGAGUGAAGGAAGAGGAGAUUGUUUUUAUUAAAGCUACCUUACAGUGAUCAUUUUCCUGUGACAGGAACUAUCAGCUCUUGUCACCUCUUAAAGGUCUUUGAGUUUAGCUUCAUCAGAUUAAAUCGUUUGAAUAUUUCCGUUUUUUACCGUCUUUGUGACGAAGCAGACCAACGACAGACUGUAACUGAACUGUGCAUAUUGUAGAAAGAGAUGCAUGUACGUCCUUUGGGAUUUGAUAUUUAGUAAAAAUUGAAAGAAUCCCUUUCUAAAGCUCUCGUAUACCAAGGACACAAGAUGUGAAUACAACUCAGCUCUGAAGACGGAUAAGAGAAGGAGGACUGUCUCAGAGGUUUAUUAAGGGAUGAAGUAAUUACCCUCAGAAAAUAAAAAGAUCUGUCAUUAUGUAUUAAGUCUUUGGAUAUGAUAUUGUCAUUGUUGCUGAGCAUACUGAACAUUGAACCCAUUUGAACUCGUUGUGAUCUAAGACUAACUGUACAUGUAGGCUUGUUUGGGUGUUGCAUGGUUAAGCAAGAUGCUCUCUUCCUUUUUUACGACUUUAUUGUAAAAUUCAGUGUGGUUAAAAUAAAAAAAAGAUACUAACGCAAUAUCCAGAUGUCAAUAGUUGCCAUAUACUGAAGGUACAGUGAUUACAGGGAUGUUUUUAAAGGAGCAGACAGCUGGGAACAUUCGUCUGUAACGAUGGAGAGCUGAAUCCUCCAAUGUUUGUGUCCAAUCUAAUAUCCUGUAUCUUUUAAUAAAGGCACUUCAAACAAC